GAGCUAGGAAAGGGGAGGGUCGAGCCCUCUGAACGAGCUGAGAAACUCUGGUAUAAAAGGUGAAGAUGAGGCUGGACAGCAGAUACCUGAGAGGAAACACCUGUGCAGCAAAGAUGAAUUUGCUUGCAGUAGUUGCUGUUGCUCUGUGUGCCUUUGCACCAAGUGCUCACUGUGCGUCGGAAACAAUCGCCUGGUGUUACCAUGAGCCAUCCUGCAACGACAGCACCUGGUCCUCCAUCGCUGCUCCGUACUGUAAUGGGACGCGCCAGUCGCCCAUUGACAUCGUGUCAGCCAGCGCAACGGAGAACGAGAACCUGACGGAUUUCACCUUCAAGGGCUUUAACAACACCAACGGCCUGAACUACAUCGAGAACACCGGGAAGACAGUCAAAGUGGUCUUGACUGAGGGCAUCCAGAUCUCAGGGGGAGACCUGUCUGAGAGCUACGACAGCCUGCAGUUCCAUCUUCACUGGGGAAAUGGCACCAGUACCCCUGGCUCAGAGCAUACUGUGGACGGCAAGCGCUACCCCAUGGAGCUACACAUUGUAAACAGCAAAUCCUCCUUCAAGCGGAACACCACUCUUGCUGUUGCUGAUUCUGAGGGACUUGCUGCUCUUGGUUUCCUCAUUGAGGAACUGCCAGAUACAACAAACGAGCCAGGCAGCUGGAGGACCUUGACCUCCUUCUUGUCCGAAAUCUCAUUCUCUGGUCAGAAUGCUACAAUAACAGCUGGGAUUUCUCUAGAUGACCUCAUCACGGGGGUGAACCGUUCCAGUUACUACCGAUACCACGGUUCCUUGACCACCCCUACCUGUAAUGAGGCUGUGGUUUGGACCGUGUUCAAGGAGCCAAUUAAAGUCAGCAAAAACUUGAUUGACCUCUUCAGCACAAUGCUGCAUAUAAACGACACCGACGCUUCACCUCUCAUGGUUAAUGUGUUUCGGGGCAUCCAGCCACCACAGCCAGUCUCAACGCAGCGCUCCAGCUCCACCAAAUUCGGCUAUUCUCUGGCUCUGAUGGGCCUGGGCCUUUUAGUGGGGAGAUACUAAAAUGAAAGCUAAGGUUGCAGGUCAACCAGUGUCUGAACUAUUCCACUUCUGAAUGAAACCUGCACAAAAAGCUAAAUGCUGGUGACCUCAGUCCUGCACAUGUUGACAUUUUUGUAUUUAUAGAAUGAAACUUGCCUGUUUUGAACUGUUGUACAAAGUCAAUGCAUCACUAUUUUUGUAUUCUUCUUGCACUCUUCAAAAAUAACUGUAUGUUUAAAUUGCACUGAAACUGAGCCUGAAGUGAGUUUAGUUUAUGUAAUGAAGGUUUAAAGUGCAAUUCUGGUUUAUGAAGGGUUUAUCUGAAUGUAUCCUAAAUCAGUUUCUUCUCUGGUGUCAACCUCACACUGUUUAAAGCUACUACUUGAAGAUUAAACUUUUUUAUUAAUAAAUGCUUAUGGAUAACUCAAACAUCUGGGUAUCACCUUUCAAUAAGUGCUUAAUGGGAUGCUUAAGAGUUCUGAACUAUUUUCAGUAAUAUUUCCCUUGCCUGUGGAUGUUUUGUAGAAAAGUGAAGACUGCUGAAAUGUUGAAUGCCCAACAUCUAAUCACAAUGGUGCUUUUAUUUAUAUAUUCCAAUCUUAAUGACUUUACAUGUUUACAUCCAGGUCUCUAUUGCUAGUUGAAAGCCAUUUAAAUAUUUUUUUUUCUAAACAAUGUCUGCCUCGUUCACAGGAAACUCUGGGAACUUUAAAUUAUUUGUCACAACAUGACAAUAUCUGUUUGCAUCUAUCUUUGAAGUAAUAAAGGGUAUAGCAGGAA